GACAAGGUCCUGACAGCGAGGACAAGGUUGUUGAGGGUGAGGACAAGGUUCGUGGCGGUGAGGACAAUGUUCCUGUCGGUGAGGACAAGGGUUCGUGGCGGUGAGGUCCACGUUCCUGUCGAUGAGGACGAGGUUUCUGGCGGUGAGGACAAGGUUCCCGGCGGUGAGGACAAG